UGUAUCCGAGGGAUCCAGAUGCUGAUCAUGGAGGAGUUGAUGAUAUGACGAAAUUAACUUAUUUAAAUGAACCUGGAGUGUUGUAUAAUCUUGCCAGGAGAUAUGCACUGAAUGAUAUUUAUACGUAUACAGGAAGCAUCUUGGUUGCUGUUAACCCAUUUACAAAGCUUCCUCAUCUGUAUAAUGCACACAUGAUGGAGCAGUAUAAAGGAGCUCCUUUUGGCGAGCUAAGUCCUCAUGUGUUUGCAGUAGCUGAUGCAUCAUACAGAGCAAUGAUGAAUGAGGCUCGCAGUCAGUCCAUUUUAGUCAGUGGUGAAAGUGGGGCGGGCAAGACAGAAACAACAAAACUGAUUAUGCAGUACCUUACUUUUGUUGGUGGAAGGGCAGCUGGUGAUGAUCGAACUGUCGAGCAGCAAGUUCUUGAAUCGAAUCCGCUUUUGGAGGCAUUUGGCAAUGCAAGGACUGUCAGAAAUGACAACUCAAGUCGUUUCGGAAAAUUUGUUGAGAUUCAGUUCGAUGCAAAUGGUAGGAUAUCUGGGGCUGCAAUCAGAACCUACCUUUUGGAGCGGUCACGUGUGGUGCAGAUAACUGAUCCAGAACGAAAUUCAUGUCUUUAUCAGUUAUGUGCCUCUGGGAAGGAUGCAGAGAAGUUCAAGUUAAGCGAUCCAAGUUACUUUCACUACUUAAAUCAAAGUAAAACCUAUGAAUUAGAUGGAGUAAGUAGUGCAGAGGAAUACGUGAGGACAAAGAGAGCAAUGGAUAUAGUUGGUAUUAGUGUUGAUGAGCAGGAAGCUAUAUUUCGCACCCUGACAGCUAUUCUGCAUCUUGGCAAUGUUGAAUUUUCUCCUGGUAAAGAGCACGAUUCUUCAGUUAUUAAGGAUCAGACAUCUAGCUUUCAUCUUCAAAUGGCUGCUAGUUUAUUCAUGUGCGAUACAAAACUUUUGCUUUCAACACUCUGCACACGUUCUAUUCAGACUCGAGAAGGAAGUAUUGUGAAAGCUCUCGACUGUAAUGCUGCUGUAGCCAGCCGGGAUACAUUAGCGAAGACUGUGUAUUCUCGCUUGUUCGACUGGCUGGUUGAAAAGAUCAACAGGUCUGUUGGCCAGGACCCAGAUUCAAAGAUACAAAUUGGAGUCUUGGACAUUUAUGGCUUUGAGUGUUUCAAGAAUAACAGCUUUGAGCAGUUCUGCAUUAAUUUUGCCAAUGAAAAGCUUCAGCAACAUUUCAAUGAGCAUGUGUUUAAGAUGGAGCAGGAAGAGUACAGCAAGGAAAAAAUUAAUUGGAGCUACACUGAGUUCAUUGACAACCAAGAUGUCUUGGAUUUGAUUGAAAAGAAACCGAUCGGAAUCAUUGCUCUCUUGGAUGAAGCUUGCGUGUUUCCAAAAUCAACAAAUGCAACAUUUGCAACAAAGCUAUUCCAGAAUUUCCGCGCCCAUCCUAGGUUGGAAAGAACCAAAUUCUCUGAAACAGGAUUUGCACUCUCUCAUUAUGCUGGGAAGGUUACAUAUCAAACGGAUUCUUUCUUAGAUAAAAACAGAGAUUAUGUGGUGAUGGAGCACUGCAAUCUCUUGUCAUCUUCUAAGUGCAUUUUUGUUGCUGGCCUUUUUGCUUCGUCGCCAGAGGAACCUUCAAGGUCAUCAUACAAGUUCUCUUCCGUGUCCUCCAGGUUUAAGCAACAACUUCAAGCACUAAUGGAAACCCUCAACACAACAGAACCUCAUUACAUUCGCUGUGUGAAACCCAACUCUUUGAAUCGACCUCAAAGGUUUGAGAAUCUGAGUGUCUUGCAUCAGCUACGAUGUGGGGGUGUUCUAGAGGCUGUUCGUAUCAGUCUUGCAGGUUAUCCUACACGUAGGACUUACUCUGAGUUUGUUGAUCGCUUUGGUCUCUCAGCUCUUGAACUUAUGGAUGGAAGUUAUGAUGAAAAAGCUUUGACGGAGAAGAUUUUGCACAAGUUAAAACUUGAAAAUUUUCAGUUGGGCAAGAAAAAAGCUUUUCUUAGGGCGGGGCAAAUCGCUGUUCUGGAUUCCAGACGAGCUGAAGUUUUGGACAGGGCCGCAAAGAUCAUUCAAAGUCGAUUUCGAACAUUUAUUGCAUGCAGAAAAUUUAUCGCUACCCGGGCAACUGCAGUUAUGCUGCAAUCAUAUUGCAGAGGGUGUCUUGCUCGAGAAAUGUUUGCAGUUAGAAGAGAAGCUGCAGCAUCUGUGUUGAUUCAAAAAUAUACCCGCAGAUGGCUACUUCGGCGUGCAUAUGUGCAACUAUACUCAUCUGUUCUUUGUAUACAGUCCAGCAUUAGAGGUUUCUCUACUCGUCAAAAGUACUUGCACCAGAAGGAACAUAAAGCUGCUACGCAGAUACAGACCUGCUGGAGGAUGUAUAAGGUGCGGUUAGCUUUCCGGAAUAAGCAGCGGUCAAUAGUAGCCAUUCAAUGUCUUUGGAGGCAGAAACUGGCCAAAAGAGAGCUUCGAAGGCUCAAGAAGGAAGAAAAUGAAGCUGGUGCUUUACGCUUGGCAAAGAAUAAAUUUGAAGUACAGUUGGAGGAUCUUACAUGGCGGUUGCAGCUAGAGAAAAGAUUACGGGUGUCUAAUGAUGAGACGAAGCAAGUGGAAAUAUCAAAGCUUCAGAAAACUGUAGAGUCGUUGAACUCGGAGUUAGACGCAGCCAAGUCAACAAUAAUGAGCAAGUGCAACAACAAUAUGUUGCUCAAAAGUCAGUUGGAAUCAACAAUUAAAGAGAAAUCUGAAUUGGAAAGUAGACUUAAUGGAAUGGUAGAACUAAACAAGGAGAAUGUGGUUCUGAAGGAUUCAUUGGUGUCUUUGGAAAAGGAAAAUUCAGCAAUGGAAGUUGAGCUUGUUAAGUCUCAAAAAGAAUUGAAGGAUACCAUGGAGAAGUUGUGCGGCGUGGAAGAAGCACAUGUACAACUACAUCAGACAUUGCAAAGUUUGGAGGCAAAGCUCUUGACCUUAGAAGAUGACAAUCUUGUUCUUAGACAAAAAGCAAUAACCACCCCACCUAAGAGCAAUCAUCCUGGAUAUGCAAAGCCACUGACUGAGAUGAAUCAGAAGUACUCCACUGUGCCAUAUCUUUCCAACAACGACCAGAAGUCUGUUUCUGAGACACCAACGCCGACAAAAAUGAUUGUUCCAUUUCCCAACAGCUUGACAGAUUCACGUAGGUCAAGGAGGACUGUGGAGAAGCAGCAGGAGAACCAUGAAUUUCUCACAAGAUGCAUCAAAGAAGAUUUGGGAUUUCAUGACAGUAAACCCUUGGCUGCUUGCAUCAUAUACAAGUCUCUUCUUAACUGGCGUGCCUUCGAGUCAGAAAGAACGGCGAUUUUUGACCAUAUAAUAGAUGGAAUAAAUACUGCUGUUAAGGUUGGAGAUGACAAGAACUCGGUCUUACCAUAUUGGUUGUCCAAUGCCUCAACCCUCCUGUGCCUACUGCAAAGGAACCUGCGUACUGGUGGUUUCCUGUCAACUCCUUCUCAGCGUGGAUUAACUGGGAGGAUAGCACAAGGGAUAAAAUCUUCUUUUAGAUAUGCUGGGUCAGACGAGAACACAUCAAUUGAAGCCAGGUAUCCAGCUGUACUUUUCAAGCAGCAAUUAGCUGCUUCUGUAGAGAAGAUUUUUGGCAUGAUCCGAGAUCUUUCAAAGAAAGAGAUAGGGCCACUUCUUAGUCUUUGCAUCCAGGCACCAAAAGCUGUGCGAGGAAAUGCUGUGAAAUCAUCUAAGUCGCCUGGGAGUGGUUCUAAGCAGUCACCUAACUACUGGGAAAGUAUUAUAAAAUUCUUGGAUUCAUUGAUGAUCCGGUUACGUGAAAAUCAUGUUCCUUCAUUUUUUAUUCGCAAGCUCAUUACUCAAGUAUUUUCGUUCGUCAAUAUACAACUGUUCAAUGGUCUUUUGUUGCGUCGUGAGUGUUGUACGUUUUCCAACGGGGAAUACGUGAAAUCUGGUUUAGCUGAACUGGAAAGAUGGAUAAUGAAUGUUACAGACGAGUUUGCAGGAAAUUCUUGGCAUGAGCUGAACAUUAUCAGACAAGCUGUUGGGUUUCUGGUUAUACAUCAAAAGGGUAAAAAGUCUCUCGAGGACAUUAAGCAAGAUCUUUGUCCGUUCAUGCAACAGAUAAUUCGAUCCAUGCAUAUCAAAUAGAUAAUAUGAUACCUGAAGUAGUAGAAUCUGUUGAACCUGUAGCCUUCAACCUCAAAACAAUCAUCCAUGACCUUCUUCAAUACCCCAAACCUACAUCCAUUCACCUACAAUACCCUAAACCAACAUCUGUCAACUUUCAAAACCCUAAACCUAUAGCUUUCACCUAUCAACUAAACAAACAUAUCUUCAUCUACCAACUUCAUUCAAACACCUAAAAGAAGUUACGAAAGUUUACAGAAACAUCAACAACUUACUGCAGCCACAGAUUGCAUCACCACAGCAUACAAGGACUCAGAUUUCGAUUCCAAUUUGGAUAAUGAAAGAAGUUAAACGUCUCUUUGCACUGGGUGUUACACUGGGUAUUGGAUUUCCAGCAAUGGAAAAUCACACAAAGAAAUACCUCAUCUCUAAGGUAUCAAAUUCAGGUCCUUCCUCAAACCAAUUCCAACUUUACCAAUAAAGAAACAAAUACAUAAGGAUUAUGUUGUUCAAAACUUUAUCAGUAUAGAGGAUGUUGAUAUUGUACCUGUUCAUGAAGAACGACAAAUCUCUUUACCCUUAUUGGGUUUGGAAAAUUCUUUUCUAUCUUUGGAAGACGACAGCAAACAAACAGUAGAAGAAAUUCCACCGGGCUUUGAGCAUGCAUCAAAAGAAUUCGCAUAUGACACUGAUAGUACUUCACUGGAAUACCCACCGGGCUAUGAUCCAGUAGCAGCAAACUUGGUAGAUGAUAAUGUUUCAUCUGGUAAUUCUUUAGCAGCAAACCUCUCGGAUGAUACGAGUUCCAAUGAUCACUUAGUUCCGGUUAUACCAAGGAAGUUGAGGAAUGAGCUAAGAAGACUGGGGAUGUCCAUUGAGGUGAUUUCUUCACCAACAUCCAGAACAAAGAGGUCGGUAAAUUCAAGUUUGUUUUAAAUGAAUCUUAAAAUUCUUAUUUGGAAUGUAAGGGGAUUGAACUCCAAUAGAAGAAGAACGGUGGUUCAUAAAUUCAUGCAGAUGAUUAGAGCUCCUAUCAUUAUUCUUCAAGAGACAAAGAUGAUGCAGUAUUCCUCUUGGGAUAUUAAGCAAAUAUGUGGGUAUAAGAAUGUAGGUUGGACUCUACAACAAUCGGUAGGAAAUUCCUGUGGCAUGUUAAUUCUCUGGGAUAGAGAUUUUUUGGAAGUAAGUGAUUCACUUGUCGGUGACUACACGCUAUCAAUUUUAUGUAAAAAUAAGAAUGAUAACUUCCAGUGGGUGCUUACAAACAUUUAUGGACCAAACAAUUCAGUGGAGAGGACUGAAUUUUUGCUAGAACUCGAUAACGUUUGUAGAUAUUGGAUUAAUAUUCCAUGGUGUAUUGAGGGUGACUUCAACACAAUUGUGAAGUGUGGUGAAAAAAAGAAUUGUAAGAGGAUUACAAAAAGUAUGAGAAAGUUCAACAAAUUUAUAGUCGAGCACGAUCUCAUUGACUUGCCUCUGAAGGGUGCAAGAUACACUUGGUCGAAUGGACAAUCAAAUUCGGUUAUGUGCAGGUCAUACAUGUUUCUCAUUUCCCCAUCUUUUGAACAACAUUACCCUUUCGUUACCCAGUUAGCUAAAGCCAAACCUACAUCCGAUCACAUUCCACUCCUUCUAGACAUUUCUGACCCUUCCUGGGGACCUAGUCCUUUUAGGUUUGAAGCUAUGUGGUUCAUGGAGAAUGGUUUCUUACAAUUAUUGGAAGAUUGGUGGCUUUCUUUUUGUUUUGCAGGUACACCUAGUACAGUGCUUUGGUUGAAGUUAAAGGCACUUAAAGAAAAGCUAAAAGUCUGGAACAAAGAAGUUUCUGGACACACAACCACAAAUCUCAAUAUCAUUCUCUCGGAUAUUCAAACUCUAGAUUUGCUAGGAGAAGAUAAUGUUCUCACAGAAGAAGAGCGGAAUGUGCAUCUACAAAAUAAAGCGGAAUUCGAAAGGAUUUCUAAAAUGGAUGAGACGUCAUGGAGUACCGUUUUUCAGUCUUUCUGAUAAUGGUUAAAUGUUUUGCCAGGUCGUUACACAGAUGAGAGAUAUUGUAAACAAGGAGUCGGAGAAUAUGAGUUCAAAUUCAUUCUUGUUGGAUGAUGAUUUGAGCAUUCCAUUCCUAACGGAUGAUAUAUCAAAAGCAAUACCUGUGAUAGAUCCGGCAGAUGUUGAACCCCCUCAAUUCUACCAGGAAUAUACUUGUGCUCGGUUACUCCUCACACCUGGAGUAAAUUAAGCAAGCUGCUCUUCUGACUUAGAAGAGCUACUUGGGUUUCCAAUCCACCUCUGGGCAGAACAAGUUCGAGACAUUGGAAAAAAAUGAUAAAUUUCUCUCAAACCCUGAGAGAGGGAAAGAUGAGUUGUGAGCAAUGGUCUGAUGGAUGGCGAAACCACUGAGAGUCAUAACUUUGUGAUCAAACGCUUGUAUAAAGUAAGAAAAGGAGCAGUAGGAUUUGUGGUUUAGGGUUAAGCCAAUUGGGUCCUGUGUAGCAUGCCCUUUCUCUUUCUCUUUCUCUUAUUAUCUAGUUGUAGGUGUAGAUUAUAGGCAGUGUAGUAAAUCAGAAAAGUAGUAAAUUUAAGCAGGUUAUUUCAUCGUGAUCUUCCAUGUUGAUCGCCCUUAUUUUGUUGCUGGCUUUCAUGUGAAGAUCGAUACCUUAGCCUAUUUAUAUUAAAUUAACAUUUAUGUUGUACUUGAAGAACAUUUUAUUAAUGUAAAGAAAUUGUAGUCGUCUAUAAAUCUAAGUUGUCAUUUUGGGAA